UGCUGUCUGCAUCAAUAUAAGAUGAGAUCAUCCGCAGUUGACGUCCAUCCCAAUUGGAAAGAAAAACUUCCAUUUAUGGACACUUAUGUAGGAUAGAACGGGGCUAUAUGGUACAUACAGACAAAGAUGUGGUGAUACAUGAUGGACAGUCUCAUUGUGGACCUUGACAAAGUGCUGGACGACUUUGAAGCAGAAGAGAAGGAAUCAUCACGGAAUACUCGUCAGUCCCCUACAGACUACUCUGAAUAUAUCAAUGCCAACGAUGAUCGACCCUGGGACGAAAUUAGUCAAGUACCAAUCAGUACCAACUCUGCAUGGACAUCUUACAGCUCUGAGGAUGAAAAAUGCUCAACGGCUGUCUACGAUGUACCCUAUAUUCCGGCAGAAACAUUCGACUUGUCUGAAGCCGACUUUGCACCGUCUGUUGGGAAAAGUGGGAAAAGUACAUACACAGGGCCUCUAGAUACAAAAGUGGAAGAUAUCUAUGAUAACUUUACCAACGAUAUUCAAAACGCUAUUCAAAAGCAAGAAAAUUUGCUAAAAGCAGUAACUACAGGUCACCAAGACAACGGAAAAUUGGACAAUGAUGUUCAAGGUGAAUUCAAGCAAUUCAAUUCUUUUUCCACAGUGAGUAAUUCCAAUGUUAUCAACAAUUAUUCCGGUACGAUAGAUCUAAGUUGUAAACGUAAUGAUGUGGUCGUGGAUACGGCGGGUGACGAUUAUACAAAAGUGACGGAAGAUCAGUCGAUAUCACCGGAGCAAAACUUAAGUCCAAAUUCUAAUUUACACUCCCCGAAUAAGGGAGGACAAUCAACGACGGUGUUUGUUGCAGACAACACUAACUGCAAAUACCCAAUACAGGUUGUGGACAGGUUUACGCCGGUUGUGGAAAAUAAACAAUUUGAACCUUCAGUGCCAACAGAUAUUAGUCGAGUAACUGAGCACAUGCCAAAUCAUCUGGAUGAGAGCAAAAGUAAUAACUUUGUUGCAAAUGGAGGGUUUGAUAAGCCCCUGUUAAGUGAAAGUCCAAUGGAGGAAGAAGAUAGUUUGAUGGGUCGUAACGAAAUGGACGCAACUGAUUCACAAGUAUCGUCUUUAUCUAGUCAGAACGAGGCCCUGCCUGUCACAGAUCUGGUUACCAAGCAUAUAAACAGUUCAGAUUUGUCUCCGAAUCAGUGUCACAAUUCUAAUUCAAUGCAAAUGGAUAAUGAGAGACCGACCAAUGGGUUUGUCGCUGGGAGCGAACUAGAAAUAGAACCAAGUGAUGUUAACCAAGAGGAGGCCACAAUGCAAUGUGAAGGAGUGGGAAUGGACGCUCCCAAAAUAUCUGACAUGACUGGCAACUCCGUAGAAAUGUCUACCAACGCCAAUGCCACUGGCGAUGUGGUCGGAUUUGGUGAGGUUGAUAGUGACAUGACAGAAAGCGACAUUAAUUCUUACUUAAAUGGUAUGCAGUGUGAUCCAGGAUCAAUGGUCGCCGGUGACCAACAGUCGGGCGUGGAUAUUACAAGUCCUAACCAUGCAAAUAUAUUAAACGAAAGAGGUUAUGCAAAAAACUUUGAUUUGGUCAAUGCACUUGCAAAUAAAACCUCAAAACCGGGAACUACCAAUGAACAAGUUAUGUCUGGCAAUUUGGAUGAAGGUUCGUGUGAUGUGAGUUGUUUGAAAAAUAAGCAAGUGAAUAUUUCAGGAGAGGAAAGGAUCAUUGAUUCGCCUGUGAUAGAAAUGUACCCUCCUCGGGCAGACACGGGACUUACCUCACCCAGUACUGCUAUCCAAAACUACAUUGCUCUGGAUGGACAGACUUCACCAACAGGAAGCUCAAUAUCAUCAUUUGGGGAAGGUGCACGUCCCAAGGAACUGUCACGACCCAACAGCCUUCGAGGCUUGUCAAUUGUUCCCUUCGAGACACCAUCGAAUAUCUCAAAAGAGCCUGGUGUGGUUUCCAGUCCCGAGGAGAAUGGGGAAGUUUGUCUGAGCACUGAAGGUGUUUCUUCCCUGGAGCCUAUAGCCAGCCAAAUAAUUCAGUGUAUACAGGCAAACCACGACUGUCAAACAGAGGCUGAUGAUGCACUAAAAACUGAUGUCGUGAAUCGCUGUGUCGACGAAGAAAUUGAGGCGAGCAAAAGUGUGACUGACCCUGCCUCUCACGGGCUGUCAGAGGGAGAGGCCGGGGAUGUAGACAUGGAAGACGCACCUGUAAUGCGGAGGUCACAUGAUCCUCCUCCUUAUACUAAUGACUCACAACGACCUAGUUCUUGGAGCCCUGCAGGACCCACAUUGGCGGUGCCCCCUCAACAAAAACGUCCUAACAGUCUAAAUCUCCCGUCCCGGGGCGACUUGGUUGUGGGUAACUCUGAGAGGACACAAGCUCCCUUUAUAUUUCCUUAUCAGGAAUCAAACGUGGAAACGGCCACACCUGAAUCCAUGGAAACACCUGAAGCUGAUGUCCAAGGACCUGCCACCGAAGCACCAACAAAGGAACCAGAGGAGAGCCCAGAUGAGAUGAGUGGAGCUGUAGGUAGUGUCCCCGAGGAAAUCAUCCCAACGAUGGAUGUCGAGCCGUCAGCAGCACCGACAGAAAAUGCCCUGGGUAAAGUGGCACCCAGGUGGAUUCCUGAUGCAGAAGCACCCUUGUGUAUGGGUUGUGAGGCAAAGUUUACUUUCACAAAGAGAAGACAUCAUUGCCGUGCUUGUGGAAAGGUGUUUUGCUCAACAUGCUGUAAUCUGAGAAGUCGACUGGAAUAUAUGGAAAACAAAGAAGCAAGAGUGUGUCUGUCAUGUCAUCAACAACUGGCAAUAGCGGAAAUGACCAGUGGAUCAGGUCGCAGUCCCAAUCCCAAUAACCCCAGCGAAUACUGCUCCACCAUUCCUCCCACACAGCAGGUGUCCUCCCGAUCACCCCCUCCCACCGUCAUGGUACCCGUGGGGGUGCUAAAGAGAGAGGGAAGCUCUAAACGAUCCGAGCCAAAACAGGUGAUGUUUUCUGACGGGAUCCGACCUGGUGGUGAUCUGACCGAGCUAGAUGGUUCAGAUGCUGCAAACAAACUGCCCCCUCGACGCACAAGUAGGGCCCAAAAACGGGUCGACAGAGGUUCCCCAGAAUCUGGAAGAUCCAGUAGAAAGUCUCGUCAUAGUGAGGCGCGGAGAAACAAAUGUCUGAUACCAGAGAAUGGUCUGCCACCCGUAAUAUUAACCAAAACAGAUAAUGCAAUGGAUGAGCACCCCGACAUGGCUGAAUACUUACCGCAAAUCAAAGAUGAGGAGGCAGAGCCUGUGAUGUUUGCUGUCAAUUACAAUCUGUCUGUUCUCGUCAAAAUUGUCACACUUGACUGCUGUGUGAACAGGACCUGUUGGUGUUUAACCACUAAAGGCAUGUGUACAGUCGGACAGGAUGAAAUUGUCAUUGUUCUUGAGGUCCUGCCCGAUGAGGCCACACUUCCUCGGGACAUCCUCUGUCAUUUCCAGACCAUGUAUGAGGAGGCAGGCAAAGGUAACACUGUCUCGGACAUGGGCCACACGAUAUUUAACCAGAGUUUCCUGAACAGCCGUGACCAUGGUGGGAUGUUGUAUAUUUACCCCACGUUCCAGUGUCUGCACAAACUGGUACUGCCAAAGCCACCCUACGUGUUUGGGAUACUACUACAGAAGUGGGAGACCCCCUGGGCCAAGGUCUUCCCCAUCAGAUUGCUGCUGCGACUUGGUGCUGAGUACAGAUAUUACCCGUGUCCUUUGAUUAGUGUGCGGAACAGGAAGCCGGUGUUUUUUGAGAUCGGCCAUACAAUCAUGAACCUGCUGGCAGACUUUAGGAACUUUCAGUACAUGCUGCCCCAGAUAAAGGGAGUCACUAUACAUAUGGAAGACAAGAAAACUAUCAUGAAUUUCCCCAGAAACAGAUAUGAUGAUUUGAUGAAGGUUGUGAGUAACAGUAACGAGCAUGUGAUGGCCAUCGGAGCAAGCUUCAGCUCUCAAGCCGACUCCCACCUGGUGUGUAUACAGAAUGAUGACGGCAACUACCAGACACAGGCUAUCAACAUACAGAACAAACCCCGGAAAGUGACUGGAGCGAGUUUUGUGGUGUUUAAUGGUGCUCUGAAGACAAGUUCAGGUUUACGUGCAAAGUCCAGUAUCGUAGAAGAUGGUCUGAUGGUACAGAUAACGCCGGACUCCAUGGUGGCCCUGAAACAGGCCAUGAAGGAUAUGCGGGAGUACACAGUCGAGUGUGGUAGCAUCACAAACCCUGCCCCUGACGAGGUUGUCAUGAUGCAGUGGGUUGAUGAUGACAAAAACAUCAACAUUGGAGUGAAAAGUCCUGUGGACAGCAUGCUGAUGGACGGCAUCGAGAGUAUCCACAUCCCUAAUGCCACUGACUACGUAGGAGAGACCUAUAUUAUCAGGUGGACAGAUGUGUUCUUCAUACAAAACGAGGACUCCGGCUCAGCUAAGUGGGAGCCGGUAGACCUCAGCCGAUUGGCAGAGACACUGUCCAAUGCCUGCUGCAUAGCUUUAACACGACACCUUGACUCGCUUCAUGAUGCGUCUCUCACAAAGAUUGGACUGCGAGUCAACAUUGAACCAGAGAAAGUUGGUUAUGAAAUAGGUGCCAAUGAAGACAAGUUACCAGAUGCUUACAUGAAUGACCUUGACAAUGAACUCAUCCCAGUGAUACACAGUGCAGCCUCUCAGAGCCAUGGGGGUGCCAUAGUAUUAGAACUCAUUUUUCAUGUGCUGAAGUGACCUCCGUUAACCCGUAGGACUUGUUUCAGAGACGCUUUUGUUCACGUUUGUCACUAGAAUACACUUCAAUGACACUUCGUUUUAUUUCAGAGCAAUCUUUGUUAAAUUUUGUCACAUUGAUGUGCUAAUAAGUGAGUUUUUUCUUGACCUUUGUCUCUUGAGAGUUUUUGAAUGAGGUGUGUUCACUCUGUGACCUUUGUUGACCUUUAUCAUUGAAACUUACUUCAGUGACUUUUGUUCUCUUUUAAUAUUUAAGAACUUGAGUGACUUCUGUUGAUCACAGUCAUUUAAGAAUUCUUCAGUGACCUUUGUUGACCUUCAUUACUAAAACAUACUUUACCAGAGUGAAUUUGUUGACCUUUAUCACUGGGACGUAACCGAGUGACCUUUGUUGACCUUCAUUACUAAAAGUGACCUCUGUUGAUCAUUAUCACUUGAGCGUACACGCGUGACCUUUGUUGACCUUUAUCACUGGAACGUAACAGAGUGACCUUUGUUGAUCAUAAUCACAUGAGCGUACCCGAGUGACCUUUGUUGACCUUAUUCACUGGACCAUACUGGAGUGACCUUUGUUGACCUUUUUGACUGGAGCGUACCUGAAUGACUUUUGUUGACCUUAUUCACUGGACCAUACCUGAGCGAUUUUUGUUGUCCAUAUUCACAGGGGCAUUGUUGAUUUUACUCACUAGUAUUCUUGAGUAACUUUGCUGACCUUUUUCACUAAAGUAUACCGGAGUGACUUGUGUUGAUCUUAUUCACUGGAGCGUACCUGAAUGACUUGUUGACCUGAUUCACUGGAGCAUACCUGCGUGACUUGUUGACCUUAUUCACUGGAGCAUACCUGAAUGACUUGUUGACCUGAUUCACUGGAGCGUACCAGAGUGACCUUUGUUGACCAUAAUCACAGGGGCAUACCUGAGUGACUUUUGUUGACCUUAAUUACUGGAGCGUACCUGAGUGACUUUUGUUGACCUGUAUCAUUGGAGCGUACCAGAGUGACCUUUGUUGACAUAAAUCACUGGAGCGUACCAAAGUGACCUGUGUUGACCUAAAUCACUGGAGCAUACCUGAGUGACUUUUGUUGACUUAAAUCACUAGAGCAUACCUGAGUGACUUUUGUUGACCUGUAUCUUUGGAGUGACCAGAUUUGAUCAUUGUUGACUUUAAUCACUUAGGUGUACCUGAAUGACCUUUGUUGACCUGUAUCAUUGGAGCGUACCAGAGUGACCUUUGUUGACCUAAAUCACUGGAGCAUACCUGAGUGACUUUUGUUGACCUUAAUUACUGGAGCGUACCUGAGUGGAUUUUGUUGACCUUAAUCACUGGAGCAUACCUGAGUGACUUUUGUUGACCUGUAUCAUUGGAGCAUACCUGAGUGACCUUUGUUGACCUAAAUCACUGGAGUGUACCAGAGCAACCUUUGUUGACCUAAAUUACUGGAGCAUACCUGAGUGACAUUUGUUGACCUAAAUCACUGGAGCAUACCUGAGUGACUUUUGUUGACCUUAAUCACUGGAGCAUACCUGAGUGACUUUUGUUGACCUUAAUUACUGGAGCGUACCUGAGUGGAUUUUGUUGACCUUAAUCACUGGAGCAUACCUGAGUGACUUUUGUUGACCUAUAUCACUGGAACGUACCAGAGCGACCUUUGUUGACCUGUAUCACUGGAGCGUACCUGAGUGACUUUUGUUGACCUGAAUCACUGGAGCGUACCUGAGUGACUUUUCUUGACCUAUAUCAGUACAUGUAUAUGAAACUAAUCUGGGCAUUGCUGUGUUUAUACAGCGUGAAACUUAAUCAAUUUGUUAACAUUUUAUCAACACCACUGUUAAUUAAUUUUCACUAAGCAGUGUUAGCUAACUCAACAUUGAUCUUAUCAAUAUUCAGGUUCAUCCUCUCCUACACUGCUGUGUGGGUAAUCACAGGUUACUAUUACAAAUGUUUGUGUGUGUGUGUGUGUGUGUGAUAAUUUAUUGAUGUUUGAGUACCAUGAAGUCUUACAUAUAUUUUGUAUUCAAACACCAAAUAACAAACUCCCAUACAGUGUAUAGGGCAUUUACUAACUUUGAAGACAUACACAAUUCAACAUAUAUGUAAAAUAUGGUCAUGAACAAUCAAAAUUGAAAGUGAAUUCAACUACAGGUAAAAUUAUGUUAACUAAGGUUAAACUGUAAAUUUUGUUAAAUUACUGAAGAUUUUUUUCUGACAGCAAGGGAAGAAAAAUGAUGGCUACUGGGAAUGAACCGAUGCAGUGGUAUUAAGGACACAUGCUACCUGUAACAUGUUACGAUGUAUCUCCUUUCCAAGAGAGCGACACACUAGAAAGCAUGAAAAGCUCGGUCAUGAUGGUGUUUUAGUCGCAAGGAUCUUCGUACCACUGCCAAAAGAUGUAAUUUUGCAUUGGAAACGUUUUUUUCUGGCACGAUAAAUCCUUGUUGCAAAGAAAACCAUUCCCUCCAUAACUUUUAUGAAAAAUGCAACAGUGUCAGAUGAGGAUUCGGACCCUUUACUCUCAAUGCAGGCAAUGGUGCUCUAUCUACCCGAGUUACCUGGUAAAUGGCAGUUUACAGACCCAGUAGCGCUACAGUUAUAUCUAAAAAGAAAUUAACGGGAAGUUAAUGUUCGUACAAAAUAUUACAGCGGAAUUUCUCUAGUGCUUUGCAUACAGUGGGACGGAGAUCUUUAAUACAGUAUAAUGAAACAUGGAAAAAGUAUAUUGAAAACUCGGAUAAAUCAUUUAAAGGGAGAUAACUCUAACAGAAACCAUGGCCGCUUUCAUUUAUCACGUUCCAAACGGUUGGAAAAGUGGACCAAAGUUGUUCUUUUAUGAAAUAGAGACCGAUCUAGCAAUUUGAUGUUGUUUUCCGGUGAAUCUUGGCUUUCAAGGACCGCAUGAACAAUAAAGGUCUGUCAAGGUUUUACCCCUGAAAUAAAACACAUAAACUGGCUGGUCCGCAUAAACAAACAGGCCCUACAGGGAUAAAGUGUCGGGUAAUAUGUAGCUAUAAGGAGGUUGGCCUACCUGUUUGACAUAUCCAAUUUAGAUUUAUACUAAGUUGACUUACCCUCACUACAGUCUGUGUAAUGACUGUUUCUCCGAAGAAUCUGUAACACAGCCUGUUUGAUAACCGUUUCCCUAUAGGAUCUGUAAUACAGCCUGUUUGAUAACCGUUUCCCUAUAGGAUCUGUAACACAUAAUUUGUGUGAUAGUUGUUACACUACCUUGUUUCUCAUUGCUGUAUUUGACAUAGUAUAUAGUAUUGUUACUACAAAAAUUGUUGUAGAAUUAUAUGUUGAUUCUAUAUUUAUUUAACUGUAAAGGUAUAUGAAAAAAGUUGUGCUGUAUAUAUGUUAUUCUGGUGAAUGUUUCCAAUUAGCUGUUUUUUGUUUUCUGGAAGGUAGAUACUGUCCUUAGUUAUUUAUCACAUUAGCUCAUUUAUUUAUCCAAGACCUUACAAAAAACGCUAAAAGUGUAACUAGCUUCUUUAACAUAAAUAAACACCCCACAUAAAGAUUUCUUUUAUAUUUAUUUGAUGAUUUCAGAAACAAAAUUGUACUGUUCAAAAUCCAAAGUGACAAACAUUUGUAUUUCUAAAUGAUUAUGUAUGCUUGUUAUUUUUAGCUGAAUAUUUUGUUUUGUAUUACAUAAUAAUAUUUGUUAUUCAUUUAUACUGUUUGAUUGGUAAACAGAAGAUUUUUUUGUGUGAUUUUGUCAAAAAAUGUUUUUUCCCUUCUGUAUCGUAUCUCUGCAAGACUGUGAAUCCAUUAAGUAGGCGUAUGAUAACACAGAAUGUAUGUACCAGUAAAGGUGUAUGGCUCUCUCAUACCUGUCCGGUGUCAUGGUUGCCAGGUAACACGUCUGAUGAAAUGUUGUAAUCAGUUGCACCGACAAUACUUACUCAUGAUAUGGAGACCAAAAAACACAUCACGAAACUUUCAUUUUUCAUUUUCACCAGGAAGACUUCAAAUUAGAGCUGAAUGGUUAAACACACAGUCUCAAAUCAUAACAUUUUGUUUUUUUUAAAGCAUUACUUGUUAGGGAUACUCUCUCUGAAAUAAGAAUUCAUAGAUCUGACAAUAAAAUUAACAUAAUAUGUUAGGAAACCUGAAUUGGAUAGCUAUAUAUUAAGUUUAGAAAGGUAUUCUAGGAUACAAUUACAGACGUUUGUAGCAACACAAAGUAAGUUUAUAAAGGUAUUCUAGGAUACACUGACUUGUGUAGCUAUAUUAACUAUAUUUAUAAAGGUAUUCUAGGAUACACUGACUUGUGUAGCUAUAUAAACUACUGACCUGAUAGCUUUAGAAAGAUAUUUUAGGAUACAGUUACAGACUUAAGUAGCUUUAUAAAGUAGAUUUAUAAAAGUAUUCUAGGAUAUAGAGACUUUAUAGUAGCUAUAUGAAGUAAGUCUUUAAAGAUAUUUUGGAAUGCACAGAAUUGUGUAACUGUCUGAACAAGUUUUCUAAAGAUAUUCUUGGAUACAUUGAUUGAUAUACUGUAGAAUCAUUUAUUUUCGUGGGGUUAAAAUUUCGGGGUUUUCAUACACUAGCCUGUUUCAAGGACAUUAUAUUUUGCUGAUUUCUGAUUUUCUCCUAUCUAUGUCAUACAAAAUUUAUGUAUUUGUUGGGAUUUAAUUUCUAGGAUUUUUGUUAUCCACGAAAUAAACGAAAUUUAAUGUCCCACGAAAAUUUGUGAUUUUACAGUAACUAUAAAAAGUAAGUCUAUGAAGAUAUUCUGGUAAACACAGACUUGGGUAGCUAUCUAACAAGUUUUCUAAAGCACACUGAUUUGUGUAGCUAUGUAAAUGAGGUUUAUAAAAGUAUGCCUGGACACCAUUACUGGUUCGUGUGGCUAUAGCAUUUGUGUAGUUGAUUGUACAAGACCUGAACUGAACCCACAUCGUGUUAGUAAAUAGUUCGGGGUUUUUUUCUUCAAAUAUGUAGAUAGCUGAGUGCAAGAAUGUUAAAAUAAAACAAUAUAGAUGUAUGAUAUAGUUUAACUUGUGAUGGUUGUGUGGCCUCUACUGUUAUAGGGUUUGUGAUAUGUUUUAGAAUGUAUGAGAUAAAAAACAUUGUAUAAAAAUUAUGUAAUAACAGAAUUAUGUUUGUGAUUACAUUCAUUAUUUACACUCUUGAGUAUAGAGCCCUUUCAGUGUGUGUAGAAACAAACUUUGUUAGUAUGUAGAUUUAACAGAGGGCAUACCAAAACUUGAUGAAAAAGUAUGUAUUCCGCAAUUGAAGGGGAACCUCUCAAAUUAUUUUCCUGUCUGGGAAAAUAAAAUGGAAACGAACAUCCUUUUGUGUCUGAUAUUUCAUGUUAAUUGUCUAUCAUGAGUUACCUUGCAAUAUCUGCCGGUGAAGAUAGAAAUGUGGGGCUACAUCUUCUACUACAGAGAGUGUGGUGUUGU